AUGUCUGGAAGAGGCAAAGGCGGCAAGGGGCGUCACCGUAAAGUUUUGCGCGAUAACAUCCAGGGUAUCACUAAACCCGCCAUUCGUCGUCUGGCUCGCCGCGGGGGCGUAAAGCGCAUCUCUGGGCUGAUCUACGAAGAGACCCGCGGAGUGUUGAAGGUGUUUCUGGAGAACGUGAUCCGCGAUGCCGUCACCUACACCGAGCACGCCAAGAGAAAAACCGUCACCGCCAUGGAUGUUGUGUACGCGCUGAAGAGACAGGGACGCACUCUGUACGGCUUCGGGGGUUAAACGACUGAAACCAGGACAAACCACACAAACCCAAAGGCUCUUUUAAGAGCCACACACU